GUACAUUCGCGCCAUUUAUCAAGGUUCUCUCAAGGUAUCCAACAAAUGGAAGUGGACAGUAAUGUUGAUAUCAGCAAUGUGACUUCUGGAACAGGGUCCGCAUCAGUGCUCCUACAUCCACUCGUUAUUUUAAAUAUAUCAGAGCACUGGACUCGUAACAAAGUGAAGGAAAACUCUAUCGCUGUUACAGUAUAUGGAGCUUUGCUCGGGAAACAAGAGGGUCAUCAUGUUGAGAUAUCGAAUUCCUUUGAGUUAUUACUUGAUGAACCACAUAUGUCAGUUAACUCUGAGUUUUACAGCACUCGUGAAUCUCAAUGCAAACAAGUUUAUCCAGAUUUGGACAUAGUUGGUUGGUACACCACUGGUGGUGCUAUAAAUGAAAAAGAUGAAUUAUUCAACCGACAGAUUUUGGAACUUAAUGAAUCUCCUCUCAUAUUAAAACUAGACCCUCUACAAACAUGCGGAGAGAACCUACCGAUCCGAGUUUAUGAGUCAGUAGUAGAUAACGAUGGAAGAGUCCACUUUAGACAAGUACUAUACACUUUAGCGACUGAUGAAGCAGAACGCAUCGGUGUCGAUUAUGUCGCUCGUAUAUCUAUGUCGUCUACUGACCAAACUUCAUCUAUGACUGCCGAACAUUUACUUGGGAAUUAUUUGGCCAUUCAAAUGUUAAGCAAUCGUCUUCAGCUAAUAAGAUCUUAUGUUGCAGCUGUUGCAGCAGGAGAAUUACCAUCGAAUAGAGCACGACUAAGGGAAAUCAAUGCUUUGGUUAAACGAGUACCUUUUAUGCUUUCGUCUUCAGCAGCCGAACAAAAUGACAAUUUAUAUCGUCAAGCCAAUGAUGUGUGUCUAACAGCACUGCUUGCCAGCAUAACUCAAGGCUUACAUACACUCUACGGUUGUAUGGUUAAAACAGCUCACAUUAUAGAUCGCCGAUCUAUUCCUUUGAGUGUGGGAAGUGGAAUAAUGGACGCAAGUUCGAGUCGUUUUGCCAAAGCUUCCCACUCAGUGAGUAAUUCUAAUUGAAGAAACAAAAUACAUUGCUGAUCGAGUCAGCUUAAGCUAUGUAAUCUAAAAAUAGAUUUCCUUAUUUGUACAUACUGACAUCAUGGUUUUCUUAAAUUCACGAUAAUACAGUAAUAUUUGACUACGUUAGUUUGUAUAUGAUCUUAUACUGUAUUGAGAUAAUUUUCACAAUUUCGACAAGUCCAUGAUCUUUCUGUUUUAGAUUCUGAUGCAUCAUCCUUGUCAUAGCCGAAAUUCAACAUCAGUUCACUAAUCUGUCAUUAUGAACUAGAAAAGGUAAAUAUAGCUAAAAUUUAAUUCUAUACUCCUAAUCGCUGAAAAUGAAGGUCUGAUAAAACCUUUUUUAACUAUUAAGAUUGAUCCAUCUAUUCGUAUGUUGGUCUGUUGUGAUUGCUGCUAAAGAUUUGAACUGGUUUCACUCUUAUUUUCACCAUGGUUUCAACUAUGAAAUCAAUCUCUCCACCUCGAUAAUAAAUAGCUUCCUCCAAAUGUUCGGUUCUUGGAAAUGAAUAAACUAUCUAAUAGACGAAUAAAAAUAAGCUGUAUGU